UAUUUAUUAGGCACCAAGUUGAAGACCACUAACAAACUGGUACAGGAACUAACAGAACCUGACCAAUGAGAAACGCUUGUUUUUGUUUUCGCUACGGUGUGCACGAAUGAAUACCACCCUGAUGUCUGAGGAACUAUAGAAAACAACUGGGAAAUCACACAAAACCCAGAGUUUUUCUUUCAAUGCACAUUGAGAGAGCGAGACGAGAGUGAGACCAGAACUACAAUGUGUUGUUCCUGCUCUUUUAGAGGCUGGCUGUUUUUCUUCACUACCCUACAAGUGAUUGGUGGCGUGAGUUUCAUUGUCACCCCUUGGAUGUAUUACAGGAGUAGUAAAAGUGACCUAGAUGAACGUCUGUCUCCAGUCAGAUGGACUAUCUUCACAGCCGGUGCGGUCUCCUUUCUCCUCGGCAUCACCGGUAUGCAUGGAGCUCGUAAGAGGAACAAGAACGUCCUGAUCACGUAUUCAGUUGGAUCUUGUCUUCGAUGCUUUGGACUGGGGUUUCUGGCCUACUAUCUUCCUCCACAGUUUCCAAAUAUGAUUAAAGCCUUGUAUGAAAAGUACAUCCCAUUGCACACAAACGGAAGAGAUCUGGUACCAGGACUGACGGCAUUACAAACCAUUGGGAAAUGCUGUGGAUUGGUCAACGGGUAUGAAGAUUGGGGUUCUCAAGAUUGGGGUUCUCAUGUCCCCUCAUCCUGUUACUGCUCUCCUCUCCAAGGAGAGUCCUGUGUUCCUACUGAGCAUGGAUAUGUUUACAAACAACCUUGUCUUGAUCUACUUGUGAAGGUGUACGUGGACAUGAAUAUUGUGAGGAACAGCUGUAUUUUCUAUGUGGUCUUUACGGCCAUUGAAAUGCUUCUGGCUUUGGUAAUGACCCGAAGAAUCAAAAAAGAAUCCUCGGCUGAGGUGACCGAGGCUCUUCGUUAUGGAAAUGCUUCCAACAUGGAAAUGGCAACGACUCAUCAAGCUCCUCCCAUGCUGCCUGCCACACAAGCUCCUCUCAUGCUGCCUUCAACACAAGCUCCUCCCAUGCUGCCGUACUCACAAGCUCAUCUUUACGCCAGCGCUUAUUACCCGCCCCCUCCUCCGUACCAGUACUAUGGGAAAAACUAGAGGGACGUGACUGACCAGCGAACCCAUGUUAAAUGUCCUAAUUGGUUACGGCUGGACUAGGGUUAGGUUUAAGGUUAGGGUUGGGGUCAGUUUUAGUGUUUGCCUUCAUUGGACUGCCAACGUGUUGCACCCCAACAUGCCUUAGUAAAGGCAGAGCACUUCUGUUAAUGUGAGGCAAUAUAGAAGUUUGUUAGUUCUGGAAAUAACGUGGCCGAGGGAAAGGGUCCAUUGCAUUGUCAAACAAUCACCCACAUGAAGCACCAGUUUUCCUAUCUGAUUACUCCUCUAACGUCAAAUAAACUUUGUCUCAUUUUCUAAAGUUCUAAACCAUGUUUAAUUCAGUGAAUAAUUUGUUGGCUUUCAGUGAUGCGUGACGUGUAUAAAGGGUUCAUCUUUUUCUUGC